UAGACUACUCGUUGAUUAACUUUUGAGAUUGUGUUUGAAUCGUUUAAAGAAUGUAUGCGACCUGAUUGAUCAACUUGAUUUUGUUUCAUUAUGCUAAAGGUCAGUUCUAGGAUGGUCAGUAUGAGCGAUAUUUGUGGUGUUUCGUUGUUUUUGUUUAUAACCGUUCAUGAUUUAAAUAUCAUAGAAUGAAAUCAUAGAAGAAUUUUAAUUACAAUUGUUGAGGUUUAUUUGCCGAAAUUUAAAAAAUUUUGCGACGAUUCUAAACGUUAAGUGCUCAAUUUUUGCCUAAUUCCAUUGGAUGAGACAAUUUGUUGGCAUGCUAUGGAUUAGUUUAAAGACGAAGAAUUUUUGGACAAAAUGUCGUUUGAUGGCCAAUCAAAUAAUAGCAACUCCUCCGAGAUCUUCCACAGUGCUAUGGGGUCUCGCGAUAGCUUCGAUGACAAGAACGAAAACAAUGACGAGCCAAAUUUUCACAAGACACCACCCAAGUUAUUAAGUGACAAUAAUACAGUGGUCGCAUUGACAAUACCGGAUUCUGCUAGAGGCAUUACAAGCAAUGAAGAUGAUUUAACUAGGCAUUUGCCAACAUACCUGACAGCACCCUUAUUGAGUGGAAACCUCGGUGACAAUGGUCUUAGUUAUCACAGGGAUUUAUUCGAUAGGAACAGUUUAGGAGGCACACCUAACAGUGACUGCGAUGGAACAUUUUUCGAAGAUGAGUUUUCAGAAUACUGUUAUUCUACUUACUACGAGAGAGGCACUGAAGGUGAAGACGAACCUUAUUACUACAUGGACGAGUUGCUCCCAGGGCCUCCGCGGUUUCCGGAAACGGCUGAAAUUUACGUAGAUCUACCUGGAGAAGAGGAUCGACCCGCGACAGACGGUGAUACUGUUUCAUCUGAUAGCAGCUACGCGAGUAGGAAUCGAUACUGGUGUCACCUAGAUACGAUCCACGAACUAGAAGAGCCGCAGCGAACUCAAGAGGAAGCUCAUUGUGACACUUCAAGUGAAGGUUACGUAACGCCAAGUGAAACUGAAGACGAGAAGGAUGAAGUUACAUCACAACUGACGUCAUCAGUAACAAAUUCCCACGAGAGUUUCAGUCGAAGCGGAAGCAGUAGUGUAAGCAAUGAUCGUUUCCAAGCACCUAUUGAUAUUCACGCACUUGUCGAAAAUGACACGUUUGAGGAUCCCCAAAACUUCGGGUUUGAUGAUAACACAACGGAAGCGCCUGAGUUUUCAAUGAGAUCAUACAAAAAAAUUUCCAAUGCCAAUAGUGACUUGGCCGGAAGCGUUACAACAGUAAGAAAGCUAGACGAAAAAGUAAGAAGCGCUACUUGUGAGUCUGGGACAUCGCUUAGUAGCAGUGAUUCGGAUAAUGACAAUGGAGCUACCCUUCAAUUACCUAAUUCUGUCAUGAUUUCCAGCUUGGCUAGGUUUGGAGGCAGGUCAAACUCACAACUCGGUCCCUCCAAUGAUCAUACUGCCAGUGCCAGUGGUGCUGUUAGAAGGCAGUCUGAGAUAAACGCCAAUAGAGAAGCUUCAGCCCAAAAGUUGAUUGAGGAUUUGACUUUGAACGAGGAGACAAUUCAAUGGGCUAAGGUCAAACUCAGAUACCACUUCAUGAACCCGUGCCAGAAGUACAGAGCCAAGGGAACUAAGCCCUUCAAACUAAUUGUGCAAAUCAUCAAAAUCAUAUUCGUCACUUUACAGCUGGCUCUAUUCAGCAAGUAUCAGUUCGACUUCCGUUUGUUCAUAGACGGCAAUUUCCAGACAUUCGAUCACCUAUUUCUACUAAAUUGGGACUCAGACUACGCUGAUCCGGUCCAGAGGGUCCCUGACCCUUACGCUGUCUACCACAUUGACAACUUCUAUGCAUCUGUCAAUUAUUCCGUCACAAGCUAUUUCACUUUGACUUACAAAGCAUUGGGCAACUUCAGCUACCCAGUAGUGGCAGAUACUUCAAAAGAAGGGAAGAAGCAUGGCAGUGCUCUGGGGCCGUCCGCAAACCUUCCUAAUGAACAAAUUCCCCCAGUUAUCUUCCGGGUGAGCUACUACGAUGUGGUGCCAGAUGGAAACGACUCAUCUCAUAUGAAGCUAGUCGGAGAUCCAGUUGAAAAGUGUUGGUACGUGACGUAUUCAGACACCAAUAAAGGAGAUUUCGACUUGCAGUCUUGGGAAAACAAUACGAAUAAUAACUUCACUCUCAAUUGGAGCAGUCUGUUGUCGUUCCAAGUGGAAUUCGGUCUGAUCAACCAACACAUCGGAUCCAGCAGGACCUACUUCAAACCUGUGUGCUACCUAUUCAACAUAUCUAUUAAUUAUGACAAUAGUCGUCACACGGGGAAGCUACCUAUCACCCCUCACUACCAGGACUCCACCACCGACUGUGUCAGCAUCACUUAUGAAUCAUCAGAUGACGGUGCUGCGUACAUGGUCGGCGUGACAUUCAUGGACUGCUUCAUCAUCUCCCUCGCCGUGUUUUCUCUCGUGCUCUGUGUUCGCUCCAUUCAGAGUAACUGGCACCUACGCAACGUCUGCAAGGCCAUUUGGUGGAAGAAGUUCCAGAAGCCCCUGAGCAAGAGAGACGAGGCCAAGUUCGUCCAGUUCUGGUACUUCAUUAUCAUCUUUGGCGACCUGUGUCUCAUUGCAGGGUCCUUCCUCAAGAUAUUCGUCACGUUCAGGGUGACACAGAUGUACACCGUAUGUGCAGUGCUGCUCGGCUGUGCAACUAUGAUUGUGUGGAUUGGAGUGCUCAAGUACCUCAACUAUUUCCACACCUACAAUGCUCUUCUGCUAACGCUGAAAUACUCGAUGCCAAAUGUGUUGCGCUUCCUGUUCUGUUGUCUCUUUAUCUAUUUCGGAUUCGCCCUGGCAGGCUGGGCUGUAUUCGGUCCCUUCCAUUACAAGUUCCGGACUUUCGUCACCACUAUGGAGACCAUGUACUCCCUCAUCAACGGAGACGACAUGUUCGAGACAUUUGCGCAGAUGAGGAAAGUGAGCACACUGGUUUAUGUGUUCAACCAAAUAUGGCUGUAUGUGUUCAUAGGACUCUUCAUCUACUGUGUUCUCUCUUUGUUCAUUGGUAUCAUCACGGAGACCUACGAACACAUACGGAUGUCUCGUGACAAGAAGUGUAAGGAGGAGUUGACUGAGAUGGAGCAGUUCUUCAAUGACAUCCCAGAUGACCCCCAAGGAGCCUCGUUCCACCUCCUCCGCCCCAGUGAAGCCUUCAUUUGCAUAUGCUGCAUGCCAGGUGAAAUCGACGAGUUGACAGAUCCCUCAAUGAUCAUUCGAGCACCCUCCAACUGAGGUCCAGUUUAUCUUACCUUCCAUUCAUGCCUUUCUGACCUUAACCACCCGCCGCUUUAACUCCAGUCGCGAGAGCUUAUGUUGUAAUGAAAAACUUAUUUUUAUCGCCUUGAUAACUUCUAUGAAUGAAUAUAUUGUUUUAACAUGCUCUCAAUCUUACUCAGUUGUUUUGGUGCAGUGGUUUUAAAUUAAUUUAAA